UCUGUGAAGAGAUAGCAAGACUCUCUUCUUCACUAGGUUCUUGUUUGCAAAGUCUCGAGCCCUCAUAUCCAUACACCUGUGCAAGAAGCAGUGUGAAGAAGGAAGGACUGGCCAGAGGCUCAGAUUCCCAUCGACUCAACGAGACUGCCAUGUGCCGAGACAUCUCUCUUAGGCACUUGCUGCUGUUGCUGCUGCAGCUGUCACAACUCCUAGCUGUCACUCAAGGGAAGACCGUGGUGCUGGGGAAAGAAGGGGCAUCAGCUGAACUGCCCUGUGAGAGCUCCCAGAAGAAGAUUACAGUCUUCAACUGGAAGCUCUCUGACCAGAGAAAGAUUCUGGGACGUCAGAACAAUGGUGUAUUGAUUAAAGGAGGUUCACUUCUGGGGUUUGAACGUUUUGAUUCCAAAAAAAGCGCAUGGGAGAAAGGAUCGUUUCCUCUCAUCAUCAAUAAACUUAAGAUGGAAGACUCUCAGACUUAUAUCUGCGAGGUGGAGAACAGGAAAGAGGAGGUGGAGUUGCGGGUGUACAAAGUGACCUUCAGUCCGGGUACCACCCUGUUGCAAGGGCAGAGCCUGACCCUGACCUUGGAUAUCAACUCUAAGGUCUCUAACCCCUUGAUAGAGUGCAAACACAAAACGGGUAAAAUUGUCAAGGGUUCCCAAGUUCUCUCCAUAUCCAACCUAAGGGUUCAGGACAGCGACUUCUGGAACUGCACCGUGACCCUGGACCAGAAAAAGAACUGGUUUGGCAUGACGCUCUCAGUGCUGGGUUUUCAGAGCACAUCUAUCACGGCCUAUAAGAGUGAGGGGGAGUCAGCGGAGUUCUCCUUCCCACUCAACUUUGCAGAGGAAAGCGUGAAGAGAGGAGAGCUGGUGUGGAAGGAAGAGAAGGCAUUUUUCUUCCGGUCCUGGAUCUCCUUCUCCAUAAAGAACAGAGCCGUGUCUGUAGAAAUGUCCACCAAGGACCUCAAGCUCCAGCUGGAGAAAACGCUCCCACUUACACUCAAGAUACCCCAGGUCUCGCUUCAGUUUGCUGGCUCUGGCAACCUGUCUCUGACUCUGGACAAAGGGACACUGCAUCAGGAAGUGAACCUGGUGGUGAUGAAAGUGGCUCAGAUCAACAACAGUCUGACCUGUGAGGUGAUGGGACCUACCUCUCCCAAGAUGAGACUGACCCUGAAGCAGGAGAACCAGGAGGCCAGGGUCUCUGAGAAGCAGAAAAUGGUUCAAGUGAAGGCCCCUGAGACAGGAAUGUGGCAAUGUCUACUGAGUGAAGGUGAAAAGGUCCAGCUGGACUCCAGGAUCCAGGUUUUAUCCAGAAGGGUGAUGAACCAGACAGUGCUCCUGGCUGGCGUGCUGGGGGGCGCCUUGGGCUUUCUGGCUUUCCUUGGGCUCUGCAUCCCCUGCUGUGUCAAGUGCCGGAAACAACAGCGCCAGGCAGCACGGAUGUCUCAGAUCAAGAGGCUCCUCAGUGAGAAGAAGACCUGCCAGUGCCCCCACCGGAUGCAGAAGACCCAUAAUCUCAUCUGAGGCCUGGGCCCCACCUGCAGCCCACCACCUGCGUCCUGUCUCAUGGCCUG